UGGCCAGAUUAAUUAGACAUUGCUAUGGGAGACGUGUAAACACACUACUUAUCAUUGAUGCAUAUAUAAAACCAUUUCAUUUUCGCUAUUAUUUCAGAGGAAGCGCCUCUGAUUUGUUUCUUUUUUCCCUUUUUGCUCUUUCUGGCUGUGUGGUUUGGAGAAAGCACAGUUGGAGUAGCCGGCUGCUAAAUAAGUCCCGAGCGCGAGCGGAGACGAUGCAGCGGAGACUGGUUCAGCAGUGGAGCGUCGCGGUGUUCCUGCUGAGCUACGCGGUGCCCUCCUGCGGGCGCUCGGUGGAGGGUCUCAGCCGCCGCCUCAAAAGAGCUGUGUCUGAACAUCAGCUCCUCCAUGACAAGGGGAAGUCCAUCCAAGAUUUACGGCGACGAUUCUUCCUUCACCAUCUGAUCGCAGAAAUCCACACAGCUGAAAUCAGAGCUACCUCGGAGGUGUCCCCUAACUCCAAGCCCUCUCCCAACACAAAGAACCACCCCGUCCGAUUUGGGUCUGAUGAUGAGGGCAGAUACCUAACUCAGGAAACUAACAAGGUGGAGACGUACAAAGAGCAGCCGCUCAAGACACCUGGGAAGAAAAAGAAAGGCAAGCCCGGGAAACGCAAGGAGCAGGAAAAGAAAAAACGGCGAACUCGCUCUGCCUGGUUAGACUCUGGAGUGACUGGGAGUGGGCUAGAAGGGGACCACCUGUCUGACACCUCCACAACGUCGCUGGAGCUCGAUUCACGGAGGCAUUGAAAUUUUCAGCAGAGACCUUCCAAGGACAUAUUGCAGGAUUCUGUAAUAGUGAACAUAUGGAAAGUAUUAGAAAUAUUUAUUGUCUGUAAAUACUGUAAAUGCAUUGGAAUAAAACUGUCUCCCCCAUUGCUCUAUGAAACUGCACAUUGGUCAUUGUGAAUAUUUUUUUUUUGCCAAGGCUAAUCCAAUUAUUAUUAUCACAUUUACCAUAAUUUAUUUUGUCCAUUGAUGUAUUUAUUUUGUAAAUGUAUCUUGGUGCUGCUGAAUUUCUAUAUUUUUUGUAACAUAAUGCACUUUAGAUAUACAUAUCAAGUAUGUUGAUAAAUGACACAAUGAAGUGUCUCUAUUUUGUGGUUGAUUUUAAUGAAUGCCUAAAUAUAAUUAUCCAAAUUGAUUUUCCUUUGUGCAUGUAAAAAUAGCAGUAUUUUAAAUUUGUAAAGAAUGUCUAAUAAAAUAUAAUCUAAUUAC